AUGAGGACGGCAGCGCAAGCCCUGAGUCCCGACUCCCGGCCGGAGACGCAGCAUCAGACCAGCAAGGAUGAGGCAGCCGCUCCGGGCACAUGGCUGCCCAGGGCGGGGAGGGAGGGCGACAGGAAGUGCCCUCCCUCCAUCCUGAGACGAAGCCCGCCGGGACGCUGCAGUGGCGAGGCCGAGCCACAGAGGACCUCGAGGCACGUGCGGUUCCACGAGCCCCUGGAGGUGACCAUCCACUACAUCGCCAGAAGGGAGCCCACCGCCACCACCGAGGCGCCCGGCCGGCGCCGGCGCCGCGGCGGCUCCCUGCUCCUGCGGCUGUCCGUGUGCGCCCUGCUGGUGCUGGUGCUUGGCCUCUACUGCGGCCGCGCCAAGCCCGUCGCGCUGGCCCUCCAGGACCUCCGCGCCCGGCUCCUCGUCCUCGUCCUGCGCCUGCGGCACGCGGCCGUCACCUGCUGGCACUGCCUCGUGCGGCUCUGA